UUCCUGUCUGAAAUUUGAUGGUGGAAAGAAGUUUUUCUUUGAUUUAUUUACUUAAAAUAUUGAAAAGUUUUUUACUGAUGCCUGAAAUGGGGCGCAUCUUUAAAACAUGGGUUGAAUCAGCUCUUUCUAACGGAGACUCGUCUGGACCAACACAUGGAGCAUCUAGAAAAACUUGGCAGGAGAAAUGUCAUCUGUUUUGCAACUCUCACGCUCUGAGGAAAUCAUCAGACUCGUUUGAAGAGGGAAAUUAAAAUAUUAAGGAAAAUGUCUUUCUUCCUCAGCAACUUAACAAAUGACUCUAGACUGUGGAAAGUAAGUCAUAAUUCUACGGACCUUAUGAAUUCGCCAGAAACUCUGACUCUUUCUCUCUUUUGCCUGAUCUGUUUAAUGACUCUCGUAGCUCUGGUAGGCAGCAUUUUCUCACUGGUUUCUCUGCUCACCAUGCAGUACAGAACUGUUGUGUCUAUGCUUGUGACAUCUUGGUCUGUGGAUGAUCUCUUGAGCGUCUUGUCAGUGGCCAUCUUCAUGGUUUUGCAGUGGCCAAAAGAGGCACCGGGCUACUUCCAGUCUCUGUGUACCACCUCUGCCUUACUGUAUAUGUGCCAGGGCCUCUCCAGCAACUUGAAGGCGACUCUUAUAGUCUUCUACAACUUUUAUACGAUGCACAGGACAGUGGUGAGUCAGUCAAGCUCCUGGCGAUCAGGACAGGUACUCGGUGUGGCUUUAACCGUGUGGGCAGUCAGCCUGCUGCUGGCCUCGCUCCCGCUGUGCGGCUGGGGUGUCUUCGUGCGCACGCCUUGGGGCUGCCUGACCGACUGCUCCAGUCCUUACGUGCUGCUCCUCUUCGCGGUGUACGCUUCCGCUUUCGGGCUCCUGGCGGUUCUUUCUGUCCCUCUCACUCACCAGCUGCUGUGUUCAGAGGAGCCGCCAAGACUCCAUGCCAACUACCAGGAAAUUUCUCGUGGCGCCUCUACUCCUGGGACCCCUGCUGCUGGGGGAAGAGUGCUCUGUCUGUUGCCAGAGGAUGUUGAAAUCCCUGCUCUGCGAUGCACUGGGAGCUCCCCCAGCUCGGACGUGGUGUUUGCCCCGGGUCAGCCUGCUGCCUCUAGCGCUGGAGCCGGCAAGCGAGAGAAUCUCAGGACUCCCCGUGGCACGAGCAGCUUCCCCGUGAGCCUGGCACAGAAGCGCUUUGCUUUGAUCCUAGCGCUGACGAAAGUCAUCCUCUGGCUGCCUAUGAUGAUCCACAUGGUGGUAAAACACGUGGUGGGGUUUCAGAGCCUUCCGGUCGAUAUGCUCAGCUUUCUACUAACCCUGCUGGCCAGCACUGUAACACCAGUGUUUGUCUUGUCUAAACGAUGGGCCCACUUGCCUUGUGGCUGCAUCAUCAACUGCCAGCCUGACACCUACUCCGUUGCAUUCGAUGGGAAAAAGUCGAAGAGGAAAGGCUUUGAAUUCAAUCUAUCAUUCCAACAAAGUUAUGGACUCUAUAAAAUGACACAUGCAGAUUACUAUGAUGACGAUGAUGAAAAUUCCAUAUCCUACCACAACCCAAAGAAAUAUGAGCGUGAAGCUACAAAGGAGCCUCGGGAAGACAGCCACAGUGUGUUCAACACCAUCACAGUAGAAAUCAGCACCACGCCACCGCUGGACAGCGCCACACUGACCGGUGUCAACAAGUGCACCAACACGGACAUCCCAGAGCCCAAACAGGCCGUGAGCGAAGAACAGGGUGCUUUUUCUAUUAAAACAGAAUGUGAUAUUAACUAUGGAGAAGCCACCUCGUUUGAAGGUCCAGAGAGACGACUGUCCCAUGAGGAGACUCAGAAACCAGAUCUUUCAGACUGGGAGUGGUGCAGGAGUAAGUCAGAACGAACACCUCGCCAGCGUUCUGGUGGUGGGCUGGCUAUUCCCAUUUGUGCGUUCCAAGGGACUGUGUCUCUCCAAGCACCAACUGGGAAAACCCUCUCUCUUUCUACUUAUAAGGUCAGUGCAGAAGGGCAAAAGAUAACCCCGCCCUCUAAGAAAAUAGAAGUCUAUCGAUCUAAAAGUGUUGGCCAUGAACCGAACUCAGAAGAGUCUCCCUCCACGUUUACAGACACCAACGUAAAAAUACACUUGGAAGUUCUUGAAAUUUGUGACAACGAUGAGGCUUUAGACACUGUGUCAAUCAUCAGCAACAUCAGCCAGUCCUCCACAAAAGUUCGGUCUCCUUCUCUGCGCUACUCACGGAAGGAAAACAGGUUUGUCUCAUGCGACUUAGGAGAAACUGCCUCCUACUCCCUCUUCUUACCCACAAGUGAUCCUGACGGAGAUAUCAACAUCUCUAUCCCAGACACAGUGGAGGCACACAGACAGAACAGCAGGCGGCAGCAUCAAGAGAGGGAUGGCUACCAGGAAGAGAUCCAGUUGUUAAACAAAGCCUACAGGAAGAGAGAAGCAGAAAGCAAGGGUAACUAGGAAGUACCGAGUCUAUAGAGGUCAGAAUGGCUCUGCAAUCUUAGACUGUAAAACUUAGCAUAGUCCCGAGACGAAUUUCCCACUUCCUUCUAAUCACAUGGUCGCAUAACCUUUCCUGGUUUCCUAGUUAGUAUUUUUUGGAUGACCUGCCAUAGUGCAUUUUACAUGUUACUCAAAGAUCAUACACUGUGGUAACUGAACACUUUUGUGUCUGAUUUCUAAAAAUCUUUCUAAACCAAAUCUUGACUUAGUUUGAUAUUUUGCCUGUUUGUCUAAUAAAUCCACUAUUCUCGUGCAUGCAUUUUUUGUACCCAUGCUGCUUUUUUACUGCAAAAGAGAAAAGAGAUGUUCGGGCAAUAGAAAAAAUUACACCCAAACUCUGAGUUGUAUUUGGAUAUGGAUUUAUAUCUAGCCAAAGGAGCUUAUUCUAGUUUCUGCUUUAGCUGUUCAGUGGUCUAGGAGGUAUGUUCUUUUGUAAAAAGGCAAAUUAGCUUCUAAGUGGAACUUUGGAAAUAUGUGUAUUCUUAGUCUAUCGUAAUUUCAUUUGUUGUUACAAAAUACACGUAGUUUAGUAAGUGGUUCUGCUUGUCUUUCUUCGACUGGAGAUUGGGAGAAAUUCUGUCACAUUAAGUUCUGAGAGCUCACUACACUAGGGCAACAAUCAUCUGGCUAAAACAGAGGAAGACACCUAAGUCUAACAAAAAGCUCCCGUGUUGAAGAUUGAGAAGACUCGCUUUGCCAUUCUUGAUGCAUAGAAAUUUUUACUUCAAAUAUCAUUCUAAAUUAAGUACUUUCAGGUUUUUUUUUCUUUAAAAAAAUGUAUUAUAGUAAACAAUAAAACAAGUCAAUAUGUAUAUCACUGAAUGAUGGCAAGGAGUCCAUGGCCAGAUUAAUUUCUCCAAACACCUUAUCGGCACACUGCUAAUGUAUAUUUUAAAAUUCUGAUCCUUUAAAAUCGCUUUAUUCUAAUGUUUCUAUAAACAUACUAUAUAUGUUACCUAAAUAUUUAUUUACACGAGUCAUUGUUGUUUUAUGUGCUCUGAGAUUGUGUAUACCUGCAGUUCAGGCCAUAUGAUGCUUACAGAUUAAAUGAAUUAUAUUUAAAGUAGUUUGGUUUUUAUUUCAUUAUACUGAGUCAAAACUCUUAAAAUUGCUUCACAUAAGUUUUUAAAUUGUUUUGUUC